AUGAGAGUCUUCGGCCCUAUGACCCUCUUCGCCUAUGUGCUGGGGGUUGUCGCCACCGACACUCCAAGCCCAGACAUCGUCGAAUUUUGGCAAGUCCCGUCCAAGGUCGACGGAAGAUGGAAGUGUGUUGAAAGCCGGCCCAUCUGUGGGCCAGACGACGACGUGGACACCCUCCACAGGAACGCUGACACUGGCGAAUGGGAGUGUUGCCCCAAGGGGCACACUCUGAAGGACUCCCGAUGCGUGUCCCCAGUCCCCGACCCGGAUCCCUCGUGGCGCUGCAGCGAUCGUAAAAAGUUCGAGCUGGCUGAGAGGUUCCAUGGAAGCCUGUCGGAGUGUUGUCACGACAAGGCCUAUGCGUUUGAAGACUUGACUCACUACUUUACAAGCCUCCUUGGCCUGGUCGACCUCUUUUGCAAGGAUAAGUGCGGGGAACCGACUCCCAAACCCGAUGAAGAAUGGUGGAGGUGCCCCAAGGAUAAGUCGCCAUGCAAGUCGCAUUCGCUCGAGGUAAACAAGGGCGAAAAGUCGUUGUGGGCUACAGGGGCUGGGUCGGCAAAUGUGCCCAAUCCGAACAUCGCCGUCGCGGGUUACAAGUAUCCCUUCGACACGUGGUUGGCGCUCACAUCUGGCCAGAACUUUGAACUCUUUAUUAAGGGGGAGAAGGUCAAGCCGGCGAAGGGAUCGAACUACAUGAUUCCUGCUGGAACCCUAGCCAGCGAUGUCACGUAUAAGGCCUCCGAAUCGGCCAAGAUCCAGUUUUACGCAGCCUGCAGCAAGCACACGCCCUGUAUCGGAGACCAGGUGAAGGACUGGACGCUCGACGCUCGGACUACUACGCAGGCGAGGGAAGUCGAGUUCGACGUGAGCAGCUACGAGGGCGACCUUAUUUUCACCGUGGCAGAUGUCUCGUGGGCUACGGAACAGUACGACGUCUUCGCUGAUGGCGUAAAGGUCGGCAGAACCCACGGCAGACUUAGCCUCGGAGAAGAUAUGUGGGAUACGGCCAACAUCAACCCAAAGAGCUCAUGGGCCGCAAACGGUGCGGGAGCCCUCGGGUGUAUUGCUAACGAUGGGUUCUGGGGCUCUUUCCGAAUUCCUCAAGGAACGAAGAAGGUCACCGUCCGUCUUAUUCACGAACAGCCCGGCUGGCCGUCAUACUGGUUCAUGUACCGCAUUGACAAGCCUUGCAAGUGUUAA